AUGGAUUCUGCAGUGACAGUGGAUGACCGCAGUCCUCUGAUUAGUUAUUCCGGCAGCACGGCAUGGGCACAAGGAGGCGCUUCCCCAGAGUAUCACAACACCACUUCAGGCUCGUAUCACUAUGGAGACACCGCUACAUUCACAUUUACAGGUACAUGGGUGGCGGUGUAUGGCACCGUCGGAUGGGUGUCAGUCAAUGGUCUACCUACGACGACGUUUACUCUUGAUGGGAACGAGUCGAUCAAUUUCCAAGGUCCCAACGCGACCCUCGCGCAAUACCGGUAUCAGAUGUAUUCGUCUAGCAUUUUGAACGGCGCGGAACACACGUUAGUAAUCAACAACACGAGUCCAACCCAGGCUCCAUCUCAAAUAUGGCUCGACUUUAUCGAGUACAUGCCAUUAAUGCCCCAGCAAGCCUCCUCAGUGUCAUGCACGCAGACCUCGUCACCACAGAUUUCCACAACCAUUAACAAACACCAUGGUACAUCAACGGCAGCACUCGCAGGGGGUAUAGCGAGCGGCGUGGGUGGCGCCAUAAUACUCAUUCUCUCGUGCCUGCUAUUUCUUCAACGAUAUCGAAAGAAGCGCGAGAAACAGCAGAUUGAAGAGCAUACCCCACGACCUUAUCGACAAGUUGAGGAGGAACCUCAGCGACUCGGGCCCGGGCAUGCUCAGAUCAAUGCGGCCGAACCACCUCCUUACAAUCUUGAGGAUGCUGUCCUGGAUAUAAGCUAG